AUGACCACCACCAACACCACCAAAGAGAGGCUAGGCCCGGCAGAGAUGGUGCUUGAUUCGCCAGGCCGCAUCACGAGGCAUGGCCAUGCAGUGGUGAUUGAGCCAGCCACGUCGCCCGUCAUCUUGCAGUCCGUGCAGGUUGCCCAAUGGACCAGCCGCCCAGACGACGUCCUUUUGUCAGGCGUAAUCGUCUCGCUCUGA